AGUCUGUUAGGAGGAGUACAGAGCAAAAAAGCUAUGGGCUACGUUACCUAUUUAGUCUGUUAGGAGGAGUACAGAUUUUGUUCAGCGCUGCAGCGCCAGGGUUUCUAUUGGUUAUGUUUUUGAUUGAUUGUUUGUCCUUUCAGUGAUUGUUUGUCAUGCAUUUGAAUGUUUCUCGUUUCUUUCUGUGUUCAUUUUUGUGCGUGUUUUUUUUCUUUUAUGGUUGUUUUUUGUUUUGUGGUUAUUGUUGUGAGGGUUACAUCGCAGAGAUCAAAUUUGCGACGGAAGUUUUAAUUGUAUACUUUUUCAGCUUCUUCUGCUCUCGAAGCAGAAGAAAUAUCUGUAAACGGAUGUGGCGAUGGGACAUCUUUGCCUAUGAUCAAAAGGAAGAAGAUAUAUUUGUAGACGGAUGUGGCGAUGUGAAAUCUUUGUCUAUAAUCAAAAGGUGUGAAAUGAGCAUUGUGCAGCUUUGUUUUGGAUUGGAAGAAAUAAUACAAAAAAAAAUUGUCAAAGAAUCCUUUAAUUUAAAGGAUGUAAAUAGCUUAGUUGGUAAUGACUGAUUUGUGGAGGUUUUAGUUUUUUAACAUGGGUUUGAGGAGUUAUGCCUUUCACAAUGAGCUACACAUUUGAUUGCUAAGGCAUGUCCAAGAAUUUAGUGUUUUUUCUACCCAAUAGACAAGGUUUUGAACUUCUUAUUUCAAAGACUUUAGUGUUUUUUGCUACCCAAUAGAAAAGGUUCAAGACUGCUAGAAUAGUGCACUAUUUCCUUUAGAUCAUUCAAACUUUAGCUCCCUACUAUCCCUUAAAUGACUAGUAAAUGUACAAAUUAUUUGAUGAUUUUGAUGCUAAAUUUUUUGAUUAAUAUUAGGUGUGAAAUUCAUUCA